ACUCGAACCGGCGAUAAAAUUCAAAUGAGUGGCGCGUUCCGCUCCGCUCGCCUCGGCAUGAACCCGAUCCAGCGUUUCCACUGCAAGCUGCGGGGUCUGGCCGCCGUGCUGGACGAAGAGACGGCCCGGCUGCUGCGAGCGCUGGACGGCGAGGACAGCGACUUUGAGGAUUAUCCAAUGAGAAUUUUAUAUGACCUUCACUCAGAAGUUCAGACUCUAAAGGACGAUGUUAACACUCUGCUUGAUAAAGCAAGGUUGGAAAGUCAAGAAAGCACAAGAUUCAUAAAGGCAACAAAAGUAUUGAUGAAAAAAAAUUCAGCAGACAUCAUGAAACUAAGAGAGUUUUUCCAGAAGUAUGGCUAUCAGUCACGUGACAAAGAUGAUUCAGGAUGUAAGCACAAAGUCAGUGACUCAACCUCAGAGUUGGCUGUGUGUGAAGACCUUCAGGAGCCUGGCAUGGAGGGAGAUCUCUCCGAUUCAUGUGUUCCGAGCAGUUCUGUUUCUGAAAAGCCCCUACUCCGCAGCCCACAGCUUUCAGAUUUUGGACUUGAGCGGUACAUGGUCUCUCGAGUCCCAAACCCUCCCCAGGCAGCUGACAGCCUUAAGGAAGUGUGCAUAUCUGAAACCCCUCCCUCCAAAGACUCUUCGAUUAGAGUGCUAAAGACUCCCAGGUGUGCUCUAAAGAUGGAUGAUUUCGAGUGUGCAACUCCUAAAUUAGAACACUUUGGUAUAUCUGAAUAUACUAUGUGUUUAAAUGAAGAUUAUACAAUGGCACUUAAAAAUAGGAAGACCAUUAAAAGUUCCCCUCUGAAUAGUGCCAAUGACGAGGCCAUAGAGACAGAGCCUGUGACCAGUGAGAAUUCUUUUGCCGUUCCUGGUUUCAUAAUCCAGCAACUAGAAAAAACUGAUGCUGAAUGCACAAAUUCACCAUUGCCACCUAAAUUCUGCACUCCUGGUUUGAAAAUUCCUUCUACAGUGGACAGUACAGCUUUGGUAUAUAAAAAUUAUCCAUCGUCCAAGCCAAGUUCAUCGAGUGAUUUGGAAGUUAAAGAUUAUGCUCCGUUACUUUUAAAUUCAGAUGAAUGCUAUGAGAGCUUUGCAGACCCCCCUUCGCCUACAAUUACUUCUUGUGAGAAUAUCAGAACACCCAGUCCUCCAGACGUCACUGAAAUUCCAGAAGACAUUCUUCAGAUAUUAAGAAAGCACAACUCAAACCUAGCUACUCCAUUGGAGGUUAAAGCAAUGUCACCCAGGAAAGGCUUCCUCAAGUAUGAGGGACAGAGCAUCCGAGGUGCUGCCAACAAGGAAAACUGGUGACAAUAAGGCGCCAUCACAGACCUUGGGAAUGGAAUUCUAGUGUGGAUACAUCCAAUACAGAAGCUGGACAGAAAUGGGGAAGCAAGAUGGACUGAAGUUCUUCUCAAAAUGUUCUUUAGAAAUGUUAGCUGGUGAACACGGAGACCAGUGGAGGUGGAGGGCGGGCUCAGGUGGAAGGAGGGCCCACUGCUGGCAGUCUUUCCUGUUGUAGUCCAUUCUAAGUGAAUGUUUCCAUCCCGCCACACUGUGCUGGCCUCUCCAGCUUCCAUCUCUGCCUCCCGAGUGCUCUAGGAAAUUUGGUGUGGCAUAAAGAUUAUUUUGAUUAUGCAUUGAAAAUUAAGUGGAAGAGUUCCAGGGUCAUUGUGUUUGUAUAUUUUCUUUGUUACGUAAUAUGAAAUAGAUGAGUUUCGAAGUAAAACUCUAGCCCACC